UGGAAUUUGGUCACGUCCAAUAUGGCUGUUGUCGUUUACUUCGCCUGAACAAAUACAGGACUCGUGGAGAAUGGCGUGCGGUGGAAUUGACGAGCUCUCCCAGCUCGAAUAUUUGUCUUUGGUGUCAAAAGUGUGCACGGAGCUCGACAACCAUCUGGGAAUAAGUGACAAAGAUUUAGCUGAGUUUGUCAUCCAUCUCGCUGAGAAACAACAAUCUUUUGACGGUUUUAAAGCUCUUCUGCUCCAAAAUGGAGCCGAAUUCACGGACUCUCUCAUCGGCAAUUUGCUCAGGCUCAUUCAGACAAUGCGGCCACCAUCAAAGGCAUCAUCAAGUAAAGAUCUUGAUGAUUUGGUCAAGCCAAAGACAGAAAAGGAGAAGUUGAAGGAGAUGUUUCCGGCCCUUUGUAGAGCAAAUGAUCCAAUACCACAGAAGCUACUAGAUGAAGAUGAUGUAAAAGUAGCAGCUGAUGCCAUGAAGGAGCUGGAGAUGUUCAUGCCCAGUGUUAGUGGGACUGAAUCAAAAAGCAGUAAGAGCAGGUCAGAAAAGGUCAGGCGCCACAGCAGGAGUCGCAGCAGAAGCAGAGAAAAAGACCGACACAGAGAUCGAGACAGAGACAGGGAUCGGGACAGGGACAGGAAGAGAAGACAUCGUUCUCGAACACGGUCCAGAUCCAGGUCUCGCUCCAGGGACCGAGAUCGGCACAGAGACAGAGAUAGAGAUCGUGGCAAAAGAAGAGAUAAAUCUUCCCGUUGGAGUGAACGUUCACCAAGCCCGAGAAAAGACCAAGACAGAGACUCUGACCGCUGGAAAGACAAACAUGUGGACCGCCCUCCUCCAGAAGAGCCUUCUGUUGGGGACAUCUAUAAUGGCAAAGUCACCAGCAUCAUGCAGUUUGGAUGCUUUGUUCAGCUCGAAGGAUUAAGGAAACGAUGGGAGGGAUUGGUCCACAUUUCAGAACUGCGUAGGGAGGGCCGUGUGGCCAACGUGGCUGAUGUUGUCAGCAAAGGCCAGAGAGUCAAAAUCAAGGUGCUUUCUUUCACUGGCUCCAAGACCAGCCUCAGUAUGAAGGAUGUAGACCAGGAGACGGGAGAGGACCUGAACCCUAACAGGAGAAGGAAUGUGGGCCCAGAUGGAGGGGAGGAGAUCUCCAUGAGGAAUCCUGACCGGCCAAGCAACCUCAACUUGGGCCACGCCCCUGAGAUGGAGCAGGAUGACACUUUGGAGCGCAAAAGGCUAACUAAAAUCUCUGACCCAGAAAAGUGGGAAAUCAAACAGAUGAUUGCUGCCAAUGUGCUUUCUAAAGAAGAGUUUCCUGAUUUUGAUGACGAGACAGGCAUCCUUCCUAAAGUUGAUGAUGAAGAAGAUGAAGACUUGGAAAUUGAGCUGGUUGAAGAGGAACCCCCAUUCCUGAGGGGACAUACAAAACAAAGCAUGGACAUGAGCCCCGUCAAGAUUGUCAAGAAUCCAGAUGGCUCUCUGUCCCAAGCGGCCAUGAUGCAGAGCGCUCUGGCUAAGGAAAGACGCGAGGUGAAACAGGCUGCUCGUGAGGCUGAGAUGGACUCUAUUCCCAUGGGGUUGAAUAAACACUGGGUCGACCCCCUGCCAGACGUUGACGGGAGGCAGAUUGCAGCCAACAUGAGAGGCAUUGGCAUGAUGCCCAAUGACAUCCCAGAGUGGAAGAAACAUGCCUUUGGCGGGAACAAGGCCUCUUACGGUAAAAAGACCCAGCUCUCCAUCCUGGAGCAGAGGGAGAGUCUGCCCAUCUACAAGCUGAAGGAGCAGCUCAUUCAGGCUGUUCAUGACAACCAGAUCCUGAUUGUGAUUGGAGAAACAGGUUCUGGUAAGACCACACAGAUCACUCAGUACCUGGCAGAGGCAGGCUACACCACCCGAGGGAAGAUUGGUUGCACUCAGCCCCGUCGUGUGGCCGCCAUGUCAGUGGCCAAGAGAGUCUCUGAGGAAUAUGGUUGUUGUCUAGGACAAGAGGUGGGUUACACCAUCCGUUUCGAGGAUUGCACUAGUCCUGAGACAGUCAUCAAGUACAUGACAGACGGUAUGCUGUUAAGAGAGUGUUUGAUCGACUCCGAACUGGGCCAGUACGCCAUUAUUAUGUUGGACGAAGCUCACGAGAGGACAAUCCACACUGAUGUUCUCUUUGGUCUGCUGAAGAAGACUGUACAAAAACGCACUGACAUGAAGCUGAUCGUAACAUCAGCUACACUGGAUGCUGUGAAGUUCUCUCAGUAUUUCUACGAAGCGCCCAUCUUCACCAUUCCGGGCAGAACAUAUCCAGUGGAGGUCCUGUACACCAAAGAGCCGGAGACUGACUACCUGGAUGCCAGUCUCAUCACCGUCAUGCAGAUCCAUCUGACUGAACCUCCAGGUGACGUCUUGGUGUUUCUGACUGGACAGGAAGAGAUCGACACCGCUUGCGAGAUCCUCUAUGAGAGAAUGAAGUCGCUGGGGCCUGAUGUCCCUGAGCUGAUUAUUCUGCCUGUGUAUUCUGCUCUGCCCAGUGAGAUGCAGACCAGGAUUUUCGAUCCUGCGCCCCCAGGCAGCAGAAAGGUGGUCAUUGCCACCAACAUUGCAGAGACAUCACUGACUAUUGAUGGAAUCUACUACGUUGUGGACCCCGGCUUCGUCAAGCAGAAAGUUUACAACUCUAAGACUGGUAUUGAUCAACUUGUGGUGACUCCAAUCUCGCAGGCCCAGGCUAAGCAGAGGGCGGGUCGAGCUGGCAGAACAGGCCCAGGGAAGUGUUACAGGCUCUACACUGAGAGAGCCUACAGAGAUGAGAUGCUGACGACCAACGUACCUGAGAUCCAGAGAACCAACUUGGCCAGCACUGUGCUCUCUCUGAAGGCAAUGGGUAUUAAUGACCUCCUUUCCUUUGACUUCAUGGACGCUCCUCCCAUGGAGACUCUGAUCACAGCCAUGGAGCAGCUCUACACUCUGGGAGCUCUAGAUGAUGAGGGCUUACUCACAAGGCUGGGUAGAAGGAUGGCGGAGUUCCCUCUCGAGCCCAUGCUGUGUAAGAUGUUGAUCAUGUCUGUCCAUCUGGGCUGCAGUGAAGAGAUGCUCACCAUCGUGUCAAUGUUGUCUGUGCAGAAUGUCUUCUACCGGCCAAAGGACAAGCAAGCCUUAGCUGACCAGAAGAAGGCAAAGUUCCACCAACCUGAGGGUGAUCACCUGACUUUGCUCGCAGUCUACAACUCCUGGAAGAACAACAAGUUCUCCAACCCCUGGUGUUAUGAGAACUUCAUCCAGGCUCGCUCCCUGCGCAGAGCCCAGGACAUCCGCAAACAGAUGCUGGGUAUUAUGGACAGGCAUAAAUUGGAUGUAGUGUCUUGUGGAAAAGCCACAGUGCGAGUCCAGAAAGCGAUCUGCAGUGGUUUUUUCAGGAAUGCAGCCAAAAAGGAUCCUCAAGAGGGAUACAGAACCCUCAUAGACCAGCAAGUUGUCUACAUUCACCCCUCCAGUGCUUUGUUCAACCGCCAGCCAGAGUGGGUUGUCUACCAUGAGUUGGUGUUGACCACCAAGGAAUAUAUGCGCGAGGUGACCACCAUUGACCCUCGCUGGCUGGUGGAGUUUUCCCCAGCCUUCUUCAAAGUGUCUGACCCCACACGCCUCAGCAAGCAGAAGAAACAGCAACGUCUCGAACCUCUGUACAACCGUUACGAGGAGCCCAACGCUUGGAGAAUCUCCCGCGCCUUCAGACGACGUUAAUGUGUGCGAUGUUACAUAUUCUGAAUAUCAAUGCAGCGUCACUGGGCAUGUGAUCAGAGCCUGCUGACUUAAGUUUGUAACACUACAAGUACACAUUCAUAAGUCAACAUUUUAGUGUCAUUAUUUUUGAUGACCCAACCUAGAGACAUGUAGUUUUUCUAGUUAUGAAAAAAAGAAGGAAAAACUCAAAGUUGCAAAAUUAUGGUUUAUUUAUCUUAACCCUGUACAUUUUUAUAGCACACCAUGUGGAAAUCCGCACCGGACUGAAACAUCAUGGGGCUUUUUAUGUCUUACCAGUGGGACCAGAUCGUCCUGUCACUGGGUCAACUGUCACUCAUUUUGUUUUUUUUUGUAGUUGCUAUACUUAUCAGUGAAAUAAAUGCAUUUUUCCCCCAAACAAGUAUGUCUGUUUUCUUUCCACGAAAUUAAAACCAAUAGAAAUGUAAUCACAAUGACUGUACAAUGAUGUAAGAUGUGUUCUAUGUCUAUGUUCUAUGUAAGAGCGUUUUUGUUACUGUCAACAAACUAAAGUUUGUCAUAAUCCCAAAUUGUUAUGCAGUUUAUGUAGAAAUUUACUUUGUAAGGUUAUAUCUUUUUUAUGUAAAACGUUUUUUAAAGUACAUUGUCCGAGUAGGUGAUUUAAAACAUAAAAGCUUUAAUCUGUG